AUGGGCCUGGAGCUCUACCUGGACCUGCUGUCGGCCUCCUGCCGUGCCGUCUACAUCUUUGCCAAGAAGAACAACAUCCCCUUCGACUUCCAGUUUGUGGAUCUGCUGAAAGGCCACCAUCACAGCAAGGAAUACAUCGAGAUCAACCCCCUGAGGAAGCUGCCCUGCCUCAAAGAUGGAAAAUUUAUCUUAUCUGAAAGCGCGGCCAUCCUCUUCUACCUGUGCCGCAAGUACAGUGCACCCUCGCACUGGUACCCGCCAGACCUGCACACUCGCGCCCGCGUGGAUGAGUUCAUGGCCUGGCAGCACACGGGCAUUCAGCUGCCUAUGAGCAAGAUGCUCUGGAUCAAGCUGCUGAUCCCCAUGAUCACAGGUGAGGAUGUUCCAGCUGAGAAGACAGAGCGGAUGCUGGCAGAGGUGAAGAACACCCUGCAGCUCUUUGAGGAGAAGUUUCUGCAGGACAAGAUGUUCAUCACGGGGGACCAUGUCUCACUGGCCGACUUGGUGGCCCUGGUGGAGAUGAUGCAGCCCAUGGGGGGCAACCAUAACGUCUUCCUCAACAGCUCCAAGCUGGCUGAAUGGCGCAUGAGGGUGGAGCUGGCCAUUGGUUCCGGUCUCUUCUGGGAGGCCCACGACCGGCUGGUGAAGUUGGAAGAGUGGGACUGUUCAACCCUGGACCCGCUGGUCAAGGAGAGGAUCUGCGAGCUGCUGCAGAAAUUCAAAUAG